GCCUUGCAGAGGGGUUAGAAGGUGAGAGGAUUCCAGCGCAAGGAAAUCUCGUCAUAUCAUUUACAGAGCGUUUCUUCAAAUUACCCUUUCUAACCCUAGUCUUCUGUAAAAAAGAACCCCUCUCGAUUCCCAAAAUCUCGAUCUAGGGUUUCGAUAAUCUUUUCUUUUUUCCUGUUCAUUCUGUAAUCAAAAUUUUCCUGGAUUCAGGAGCUUGAUUAGGGUUAGGUUUUUUUUUUUUUUUGCUGUUGGGGAUUUUGUUCUGGUCUUUUGGUAGCUUUUGUUAGGAUUUUGAGUUCUUGAAAUAGGAAGGAAAUGGAGAAGAAGAAGGUAGCGGUUCCUCUCGUCUGCCACGGGCAUUCUCGUCCAGUCGUCGAUUUGUUCUACAGCCCAGUUACGCCCGAUGGGUUCUUUCUCAUCAGUGCAAGCAAGGAUUCUAGUCCCAUGUUAAGAAAUGGUGAGACUGGAGAUUGGAUUGGAACCUUUGAAGGGCAUAAGGGUGCGGUGUGGAGUUGCUGCCUUGACACGAAUGCUUUACGGGCUGCAUCUGGCUCAGCUGAUUUUACUGCGAAAAUAUGGGAUGCAUUAACCGGGGAUGAAUUGCACUCAUUUGAACACAAGCACAUUGUUCGUGCAUGUGCUUUUUCAGAGGAUACACACCUGCUGCUCACUGGAGGGGUUGAAAAGGUCCUCCGCAUUUUUGAUUUGAACCAUCCUGAUGCACCUCCAAGAGAAGUUGAUAAGUCACCUGGUUCAAUUAGAACUGUUGCAUGGCUUCACAGUGAUCAAACAAUAUUAAGUUCUUGCACUGAUAUUGGGGGUGUGAGGUUAUGGGAUGUAAGAAGUGGGGAGAUCGUUCAAACCCUUGAGACUAAGUCACCUGUCACCAGUGCUGAAGUGAGUCAAGACGGGCGUUAUAUCACGACUGCAGAUGGGUCUUCUGUCAAGUUUUGGGAUGCAAAUCAUUUUGGGCUGGUGAAGAGCUACAACAUGCCUUGCACCAUUGAAUCGGCUUCGCUUGAACCAAAGCUUGGCAACAAGUUUGUUGCUGGUGGAGAAGACAUGUGGAUUCGCCUGUUCGAUUUCCAUACCGGUGAAGAGAUAGCUUGCAACAAAGGUCACCACGGCCCUGUACAUUGUGUGCGAUUUUCACCUGGAGGUGAAUCUUAUGCCUCGGGAUCUGAGGAUGGGACCAUCAGAAUAUGGCAGACAGGUCCGGCUGUCCAUGAGGAGAAUGAAGCGUUUUCAGCAAAUGGGUCUGCUGGCAAAUUAAAGGUGACAGCUGACGAUGUGGCUCAAAAGAUUGAGGGCUUCCACAUUGCGAAGGACAGGCAGUCUGAAGAGAAGGAAGAGACUGCAAAUGCCUGAUGUCAAUGAAGCCAGUGCGUUGUGUUUUGUAAGCAGAUAGGUGUGUCUGUUUUUUUUACUCUUAUCUCUUUUUGGGAAAUAAACAGAACUUCAAUUUUUUGUACAAGUUAUGCUUUCGUGUCAACAAAUGGUUUUUACAUCUCUAAAUCGUUCUGAUCCCUCUUAUUUUGUAUUUUUCAAUAGUAAGGCUAGUUUCAUUUGUAGGAAGCCUGUAAAAGAGAUGAUCUGUUCCAUAACAUCUUUUAUGUCCUAUUUUGAAAAAAGAAAAAAAAGGUAUAACAUCUUUUAGGGUGUC